GCUCACUGUCUUCAGGGCAUCCACGAGUGUCAUGUUUUCAUGGAUCAUUAGAAAGGCAAGCACUAAAGUUGCUGAGCGGCUCACUCCCAUGGCACAAUGAACGAACACCUUACCUGCACAAACAAAAAGGCACAGCAAGGCAGCAGAAAACACAAAGGUCUACAAAACAGACACUUUGCUCUGGGAUAACCAAAGAAACCCUGCUACAAGAUCAACUAGCGGAGCUGGAAAAAUUAGUCAAGCUUCCAUAUAUGCAAGAGGAGCUGUAUUUUUUUGCAGUGAUGCCAACUAAUCUAAUUCUAGAUUAGGCUGUUAUACUGACAACCCUUUUCUUAGGCCAGUGGGCAGCGCUGCGGCCUGUGAAACGCUGUGAUUUUUCCUGCUGCCACAAGAUGGCAGGAAAAAACAAUGUUGGGAGAUUGAAAAAUACACAGAGAUGGGCCUCACAGAACGGAAUACACUCCUGACUGGCAUUUAAAGGGAGAACUUGCAAGAAACUGCACGUUGGAUGGAAGAAAAAUGUGAAAUGUACGGAAUUAAUUAGCUUGAUUCUGCGAUUAGCAGCUUCAUUUUGUGAGGAAAACAAAUGAUGGAAGGUCUGCAGCUGCUGGCAACACCACAAGAACACUGCCAGAAUCCAGGAGCCUUCUUUUGCCCUUUGGCUGCCCACCUCUGAGUUAUGGGGUCCCACCUGUUAUUUAAAGGUCCAUAAAGCUGGGACAGAGCUGGGCAGAGGGCAUGGCAGGAAGAAGUUACCUCUGGAGAGUCCUCAGCCAUUGAGCAUCUAUUGUCACCAGUGUAGAAAACUGUCUCCCAUCUGGGUGACUUGUGCAGAGUUUACGUAGGUGCAUACUGUAUCUGAGUUCAGUAUGUAAACCCUGCAACUUGAUGGAAUUGCACAUGACUGGGUAACUCUUUGGAUAGCAUUGCCUAGAGGAAAGUGGCAGAAUAGCAUAAGAUGAUACAUUCUGAUGAUUACUAGUCUCUAUGUGUGAUCCUUGCCACUGUUGUGGAUAUGGUUUUGUUGGUCACUCCUAAUCUCUCUGGAUCCUGCUGUUUUCCCACAUGCCAAUGAAGACAAUGUCUACCUGAUUUCUACUGACUUCAUCUGAUGCCCUCAGUUCUUGUACUGGAAAAUAAAAGGAAGAGAUGUUUUCACUGGAACUCUACAUGGGUCCCUUCAGAGCUCCCUUUUGCAGCUGGACACGGCGUCUGUGCCACCUCCACAGAGCAGCUGAUCAUGCUGUGCUCUGGAGUGGCAAGAGCUCAGAAGACAUUUCCUGGCAUUUAAGUGCCCCUCCUCUUUGGUAGGGGGUGCUUCUAGCUUAAUAUCAGAGCAGGUGAGCGCGAGUGGCGGAUCAGGGGCAGGAUGGCGGGCAGUUCCCAGCUCUGCAUUCGGCGCUGGACCACCAAGAACGUGGCCAGGUGGCUGAAGGAGGAAGGCUUCUGUGAGUACGUGGAUCUUUUGUGCAACAGACACAGGCUGGAUGGAAUUACCCUGCUGACACUUACUGAGUAUGACUUGCGAUCUCCUCCUCUGGAAAUCAAAAUCUUGGGGGAUAUCAAGAGGCUGAUGUUGUCCAUACGCAAACUGCAGAAGCAGCACGUUGAUGUCCUGGAAGAGCUGGGUUACACCAGCGAUGGUCAUGCUGGCACGGUGUGCCCAGCUGGUUCACUACAGGGGGGAGAUUGGUUUUGUAAUGGUGAGGUACCUCGGGACUAUGAUGGACCAAUGACUGACUUGAAUGGUGAUCAGUAUCAAUAUGCAAACGGAAAAAACAAACAUGCCACACGAAGACUGGACCCAGAGUACUGGAAGACUGUUUUGAGUUGUGUGUAUGUCUUCAUAGUGUUUGGCUUUACAUCAUUUGUCAUGGUGAUAGUACACGAGCGAGUACCUGACAUGCAAACAUAUCCACCUCUGCCGGACAUAUUUCUAGAUAGCGUCCCUAGGAUACCAUGGGCUUUUGCUAUGACUGAAGUAUGUGGUGUAAUUCUUUGCUACAUUUGGCUCUUGGUUCUUCUGCUUCACAAACACAGAUCCAUUCUGCUGCGCAGGCUGUGCAGCCUCAUGGGGACAGUGUUUCUAUUACGCUGCAUUACAAUGUUUGUUACCUCACUCUCCGUGCCAGGACAGCACUUGCAGUGUACUGGAAAGUUGUAUGGCAAUGUUUGGGCCAAACUCCAGCGGGCAUUUGCAAUUUGGAGUGGCUUUGGAAUGACUCUGACUGGAGUGCAUACAUGUGGAGAUUACAUGUUCAGUGGUCACACUGUCGUCCUGACCAUGCUCAACUUCUUUGUCACAGAAUAUACGCCAAGGAGCUGGAACUUCUUGCACACCUUGUCCUGGGUCCUGAAUCUCUUUGGAAUCUUCUUCAUUUUGGCUGCACAUGAACAUUAUUCUAUAGAUGUCUUCAUUGCCUUUUACAUCACGACAAGGCUCUUUUUGUAUUACCAUACGUUGGCUAAUACUAGAGCAUAUCAUCAGAGUAGGAGGGCAAGGAUAUGGUUUCCUAUGUUUUCUUUUUUUGAAUGCAAUGUUAAUGGUACUGUUCCCAAUGAGUAUUGCUGGCCCUUUUCAAAACCUACUAUACUAAAAAGAUUAAUUGGUUGAAGACUGUGUGGAUCAGUUCAGACUUUUAUGAAGCAUUAUGACUAAGGUCCUACAAGGCUAGCUACAAGGGGCAAGUCAAGUAACAUUUUUCACUCCAUGGUCUCCUCCUUGCCUUGUUUCUUGGAUUCUUAGCCAUAAAAUGGGGUUUCCAUACUUUAUAGGGAUGUGUUUUGUUUUCUCCUUGUGAAAACAGAAAACAAUACAGGGAUGGGUAAAUGCUAUUAGUGAAGCAUGAAUAUAAACCAGAAUACUGUUACCCUUGGCAAGGUUCUGUGUGAAUGUUUAUGGAACAUUAACCUG